UCCUUUUUCAUGUAAUUAACAGUUCAGUAUAUACCAAAUGUAUUUUUUACUUUCCCAGUAUCUACUUUCUGUAAUAUACAUCCCAGUAUCUCGAUUUCUGGGGUUUUUUGGAUUUGUCAAGUCUCCAACUUUACUUGCACUAUUAUAAUUACAAACACUAGCUUCUUAAUCUACAUUUUCAAGGGGGUCGAACUCUAAUAGAGCUGCUUUUCAUAGUUUCUUUGAAAGUAACGGUCAUCAUGGUUACCAAGAAGCUUUUUGUCUUCUGGAUCAUUGCAAUGGGUUGUUUCAGCUUGCUUAGAUAUUCUGAGUCGAAGGUGCCCGAAGAAGAAGGUACCCUUCUUUCAUGCUCAUAAUGACACUAAAACUUCCAUUUUCUUCAAAAGCUUAUCAUUGAUGCUUUGGAAGAGAUUACUACUGCAAUGGGCUCCACAUACUGGAAAUUUAUUGGUGAUUCCUGUGAAAUUGAAAUGGUUGGGGUAACGCUAGUGCCGCCAAAAAAUUCCGAGCAUGAGAUCUCUUGCGAAUGUGAGGCGGAUGGCACUGUUUGUCAUGUCGUAAGGAUAGCGAUCAAAGGUUAUAACCUUCCUGGAAUACUCCCCCCUCAACUGGUUAAGCUUCCUUACCUUCGGGAAAUUGACUUUGCUUACAACUACCUAAAUGGUACCAUUCCAAUUGAAUGGGCUUCAAUGAAGUUGACUUCUAUCUCUCUUCUAGUAAAUCGCUUGUCAGGGGAAAUUCCGAAGUACCUGGGAAAUAUUACCACUCUCACAUAUCUGAGUCUUGAAGCAAACCAAUUUUCGGGUCCUGUACCACCUGAACUUGGGAAUUUAGUGAACUUGACUACAUUGAUGCUCUCCUCCAAUCAAUUAACUGGAAAUUUGCCAGUGACGUUUAGUCUACUAAAAAAUCUAACUGAUCUUAGGAUAAAUGAUAACAAUUUCAAUGGAACAAUACCUGGUUUCAUACUAAACUGGGAACAACUCAGCAGACUAGAAAUGCAUGCAAGCGGGCUCACGGGACCAAUACCUGUGAGCCUAUCUCCUUUGAGAAAUUUACUUGUGCUGAGGAUUAGUGAUAUAAGUGGGCCAAGUCAGGAUUUUCCUGUGCUCAGAGACAUGAAAGGCCUAGUAACAUUGGUUUUGAGGAGUUGCAACAUUUCUGGAGAGAUCCCUGAUUACAUUUGGGCAAUGAAGAAUCUGGAAAUGUUGGAUCUCAGUUUCAACAAGUUAGUUGGGAAAAUUCCAACCAGGAUAAGUUCAGAUCGUCUAAGAUUUGUCUUUUUAAGUGGCAAUAUGCUAAGCGGAGAUGUUCCAGAUUCUAUACUGAAGCAAGGAAGUAGCAUCGAUCUUUCAUACAAUAACUUUGAAUGGCAAGGCCCUGAAAAACCUGUUUGUCAGGAGAACAUGAAUCUGAACUUAAAUUUGUUUUGUAGUUCUUCAUCAAGGAACAACUUGAGGGGAGCUCUUCCAUGCAAGAAGGAUUUCACGUGUCCUCAAUCAGAUUCAAAUUGUUUACAUGUUAAUUGUGGUGGAAAGGGCACAAGGAUCAAGGAACAUAAAACAAACAUAUUAUAUGAAGGAGAUGGUGAUGUUGAAGGUGGUGCAGCAAAAUAUUAUAUUAAAGAAGAUACUUAUUGGGGAUUUAGUAGCACUGGAGACUUCAUGGAUGACAAUGAUUUCCAAAAUACACGUUACACCGUAUCAAAGCCAUUGUCAAACAUCUCAGAACUGUACACAACAGCUCGCAGAGCUCCAAUAUCUCUCACUUAUUUCCAUUAUUGCUUAGAGAAUGGAAAUUACACCAUAACUUUCAAUUUUGCCGAGUUACAGUUUACUCCAGAUGAAGCAUAUAACAGCCUUGGUAGGCGCAUAUUUGACAUUUAUGUUCAGGAAAAAUUAGUGUGGAAAGACUUCAAUAUUGAAUCAGAGGCAAAGGGUUCACUAAAGCCUUUAGUUAAACAAAUUUCAAAUGUAAGUGUGACAACUAAUUUCUUGGCGAUUCGAUUCUUCUGGGAUGGCAAAGGAACAACAAGGAUUCCUCAAAGAAGUGCCUAUGGGCCACUUGUAUCAGCUAUUUCUGUAAUAUCUGAUUCUAAACCUUGCUCAAAAAGAAAAAACAAUGGAUCUUCAUAUGCCAUUGUUGUUGGGGUUCUAGGAUCAUGCCUUGUCCUCUUCACACUGGGAAUUCUUUGGUGGAAAGGCCAUUUGCUUGUGAAAUAUUGGCGGAAAGAAGAUACCAAAGAAGACUCGUCAUCGGGGAAUUUCACUUUGAAACAGAUUAAAGUUGCCACUGAUGACUUUGAUCCUGCAAACAAGAUUGGAGAAGGAGGUUUUGGUCCCGUGUACAAGGGUCAGUUAUCUGAUGGAACCAGGAUUGCAGUAAAGCAGCUCUCCUCUAAAUCACGGCAAGGAAAUCGUGAAUUUCUGAAUGAGAUUGGGAUGAUAUCGUGUUUACAACACCCAAAUCUUGUCAAGCUUCAUGGAUUUUGUGUUGAAGGGGAUCAAUUGCUACUGGUGUAUGAGUACAUGGAAAACAAUAGCCUUGCCCGUGCUUUGUUUGGUUCAGAAAAUAAUCAGCUUGAACUAGACUGGCCUACGAGGCUUCGGAUCUGUAUUGGUAUAGCUAAAGGUCUGGCUUUUCUGCAUGAAGAAUCAAGACUCAAGAUUGUUCACAGAGACAUUAAAGCUACUAAUGUGCUUCUCGAUAGUGACUUAAACCCUAAAAUAUCAGACUUUGGAUUGGCUAGGCUUGAUGAAGAGGAGAAGACCCACAUCACCACCCGAGUUGCUGGAACCAUAGGAUAUAUGGCACCAGAAUAUGCAUUAUGGGGCCACCUGACACACAAAGCAGAUGUAUAUAGUUUCGGAGUUCUAACAACGGAACUCGUUAGUGGGAAGAACACCAAUAACUUCAUGCCAAGCAAAAAGUUUGUUUGUCUCUUGGACUGGGCAUGCCAUUUGCUACAAUCGGGGAACUUUAUAGCACUUCUUGAUGAGAGGUUAAGGUCCGAAGUCAAAAAAGAAGAAGUGCAACUCAUGGUUAAAGUAGCUCUGUUGUGCACAAAUGCAUCUGCAUCACUUAGGCCUACAAUGUCCGAGGUGGUAAACAUGCUUGAAGGGCGAACGAGUGUUCCUGACCCAAUACCAGAACCAAGCAGCUUUACUGAAGAUUUAAGGUUCAAGGCCAUGAGAGAUCUGCAGCAACAGAAGGAAGAUCACAGUAGAAGCCAGACCCAAAAUUCAACCAGUGUUCAUUCCUUCUACUCUUCAUCUACAUCUAAUAGCUCCAAUGAAAUCAAACCAGAUUCAGGAUUUUGUCAAUAGUAGUGAGCACCCCUUUGCAGUUGCAUGCUAGUUGAACGACUUUUCUCUCCAAGAGCUACCUACCUUGAUCAACAGGUCUGUUGCCUGCAAGAAUCCGGCAGCCCUUAGAAUGUAAAUAGUCCCAUUCAUUCUUUCUCUGGUUGUGACAGUUUCAGUAUCACCUUAUGAAUUUGAUUGAUUUAAUAUAAUUUUAUGAAUUCAAUUGAAAAUUUUGAUGCA